CCCCCCGAUCUCCCUAACGCGACCACGCCGGCCACGAUGAACACGCUCAAGCUCGACCUGGAGAGGAAGAAAAAAUCCAAAGAGCGAUCCUCCCUCGGUUCCUACGCUUCUUCGCCGUCGUUAUCGUUGUCGUCGUCGUCGUCGUCGUCGUCGUCAUCGUCAUCGUCAUCACCAUCGUCGUCGUCGUCGUCGUCGUCUGAUGGAGAGCUCGCGAACGACGAAGAAAACGAAGGCACGCGGCAAAAAGGAAGCGAGGAAAGUGACAGAAGGAGGCCAAUGGCGGAGGAAGAGAGAAAAGUUUCCGACGACGGAAACAACGGGGAGCUUCUGUUACCUUGGAAAGUCGAGGUUCGACAGAAGAACCAAUCACGAAGGCUGGUCGAAGAAAUAUCAUCAGAGUCUAUGCGACACGUCGCCGAUGACGUCGCGGAGAAGAAGUGGCUCGGGAGGCAAAUUUUGGAUGGUCGCAGCAGCGCGAAUGAUCAACCCGGCGGUUCUAUCGCUGGCGAUGAGACUGCCGAUAGUAAAAAAAUAAUAUCGGGGUCAUUAUCGCAAAAAGAAGAUGACGAGGAGACGUCGUAUUUACGAAAAUCGAUCGGGGACGGGGACGAGGACGAGACCGAGACCGAGACCGAGACCGAGACCGAGACCGAGACCGAGACCGAGACCGAGACGAAAGAAAAUUUUGUCUUGCGCGCAGAUCGUAAAAACGAAAAGAGAUCCAUGCGUUCCGUCUCGUGUGACACGUCGGACCUGAAGUCUACGUCAGAAGAAGACUGCAAAUCCGCAAGCGAUGUCGUCGACGUGAGAAACGAUGCAACAACGAACGCAAAUAACGCCGAGGGCUCUCCGAGAAAAAACAAGGAGUGCUCAUUCGGCUCUAAACUGAGCAGCAUCCGCCAAGAGAUGAGAGAAUUCUGCGACGGUAUGAAUAGGUUUGUUGACGAAAACAAGAUAGUGUUCAAGAACGGGCAGGUGGAAGGAUUCUGGAGCCAAAAGACCGAGGAUGCAAACUCGGAAACCGAUUCACUGACAGCCACUGAGCGCGACACCGAGCGAGAAACCGAGGCCGAGGGUUCCGCGAGCGGGCAAGAUAAAUUACGAUGGUGGAGUGGAUCCGAGGAAAGAAGACUGAAGGUCCAAGAGAUUAUGAAGACGAGGGAGGACGAGGCGAAGAAAGAAGGGUCACGGGCCGAGGACGUCGGAACGGACGAACGUUUCGAUCGCGUCGAUCCGUCGGGAGACGAGAAGCGGAAAAUCGAUCGUUUCCAGGACGUCUACGAUUUGAUGACGCUGAAGACUUGCCCGAACGUUCGGACCUGGCGAUCGACGGGAUCCACCCCGUAUGCCGUGGAAAACGCGAAUAAUCUCGAGUGCGAGCGGUCCGCUAAAGUAGAGGAGAAAUCGCGCGAUGAAAGGGUAUCCGACAGCCUUUUCGCCGAAUUGCGAAAUCGCGACAAUGUUUGCAAGAUGCGCAAGCCAAGUGUUUCCAACGAAUUAUUAAUGACUCUGGAGGAAACAACGCGUCCCCAAACGUCCGCGAUCGAUGUCUCCAAACGUACGGACGCGACGGCAAUAACGAGUGUUGACGGCGAAACCGCGAGUCGCAGAAGUAGCGCUGAAGGGGACGACAACUCGGAGACUCGGAGGAAAACCGACUUGGUUUUAGAAGGCAAGUUUAACUUUUCUCUCGAGUCUCCGAAAGAGAAGAAAAACACUGACGAAUCCGACGACGAUUCUUUCAAGACAGCAGCGUCCUUGCCAGAGGAUACGCAAAUUGUGGAGAGCAAUCAGGGAUCGCUGGAAAUUUUAAAGGUGGCCCCCGCGGAAAAUAAUGAUGACAAAGUUGUCGAUGUUAAACACAAUAGUAUCGAUAAUUCGGUAGACGUAGAGUGUAGCGAGGAAAUUGCUUCGAACAGAGAGCGCGACGACGUGAUUCAUAAAGAUACGAGAAAUAAGAAAAGUGAUAAGGCGGAAAAAUCUCCCGAUAGAAGCAGCGUACGCGAGAUAUCAUCAGGCGAAAUUGCCGAGGUUUCGCCUAAGUCUCAAACGGAAUUGCUCGUUCGAACGAUGAAUCGUUUGUCCUUGGAAAGAACGAGUCAACCUUCGCGAUUGACGGGCAAAAGAACCCGCGAGGCCGAAGACAUCCAAGUCGGUACCAAGAAAUCUCUCCUCCUCGAGGAAGUAGAUUCCGGCAGGAAGUCGGAAGAGCGCAAAACGCGUAGCCAAAUUUCCGAGAGAUGUAGACAACACGCGUUACAAGAGGCGAGGACAUUCAUGCGGAAAGCAUCGCCGUUGAUCGACAAAUGCAUCAGCACUCUCAUUAAAGACGGCACGGAGAGUGGCGACGAAAGGUCGGGUUGUUACGACCGGAGGUACGGCCGGAGAAGUCUCGCGGAAUGUCUGACGUCUGCUUUCGCUGCGAAAAGUAAUCUUGAUAAGGUCGCGGGCGAUUCAGGAGAACGGCGUAGUCGCCGCGACAAAUAUGGAGACGAAGCGAAUGAUAUAACGACGGCACAGAGUCCUGCGAGACAGAAAUCGAUGGCGAAGCGAACGAUUAAUUCGGUAUCUACUGCACCAACUACGGAUAUAAAGACCGGUAUUCAGUCACUCGCUAAUCUCUCACGAGAGUCCGAGAAUGCUUGUAAAUCUGAAUCUGCGACGCCGAAUGCGAACGCGUCGCUUUGCCAAGAAUUUUGCGAUCAUUUAGACGAGUUAGGGAGCAAAAGAAGAUUGCUGAUCAAGUCGGACUUGACAAUGGUCGAGCAAGGAGAAGCACACGAGAAGCUGCUUCGCAAAGAGUCGUCACCGGAAGUGGAAUAUUCCAGAAAGAAACCGAUCGAACCGCUGAUUGAGGUGAUUUCUGAAAGUCUAUCAAUUUCUGACGAGACCGAGCAGACUUUGGAACAAAAUGAGACCGACAGGAAAUUGCAUCCUCAACACACUUUCAAUUACAAUCGGAAAGAUAUUGUCUUCGAAAAGCUGUCCGAGGAGACGGUCGUGUCAGUUGAUGACUCUGGAAAAUGCACUAAUUAUGAAAAUUUACUUGACUCAAACGAGGAAGCAAAGAUUGAAACGUUUCCCACGUCGGGUACAUCGCGGGAAAACGCGGAAUGCAAGGGAGAACCGAAUAAAAAGCGUAAGAAAGAGCAUAGAGAUGCGAGUGGCACAGGAAAAUUAAGAUAAACCAAAGUUUCAUCGUUCUCGCGCGCGAAAAGGAUCGCGCGGUUGAUAACGCAUUCGAUGUAUGUUGAUUGGGCGAACUGUAACACGAGAAGAAACGAAUGUUAUCCUCGAACAAGCCGCACACCCGAUCGAAGGAUUCGUCGCACAUGUAUUGUAACACGUUCGUUAGUUUAAAAAGUUUAUAAAAUGUUUGGCACACAUUUUCUUUCCUCUUUUGUUUGAAAUAAACAUGUUAUCCCAAUGAGUUUCGAUCUCGAGGCCGAAAAGGACACGCAUCGACACGCAAAAACCGAGAGACGACUCAGGUGUUGGAACAGACCGACCUUCUACUACGUACACUUUAUUUUUGUGUCCACACUCACAUCAAUUAUAAUAUAAUAAUAAUGAUAAUAAUAAUAAUAAUAAUAAUCAUAAUCAUAAUAAUGAUGAUGGCGAUGAUUCGAUGAGCCGUAAUUAACAAUAAUAAGAAUUAAUCCGUAACUAUGCGCAAUGAUAAACGGUCGCACGCGAAAGAAACGAUAGUCUGUCACACGUUUAAAUAUAUCAUCUCUUUACCGUCGUGUGCAUGUGUGCAUGUGUGUGUGUGUGUGUGUGUGUGUGUUUAUAUAUAUAUAUAUAUAUAUGUGUGUCUUUUUUUUUUGUAUGCCGUGUACAUGUGUGUCUUAUCAAUCUGGUCUCCAAAUGGAUCCCAGCGAACCUCAGCUUAUUCCCGCAGAAGCUACCAUCUUGUCACUUGGCAAACAAG